UGUAACGCACUGUUGCUCCAUAGCUGCUGCCGACGUGACGUGUUUGCUCGCAGGAGCAGAUAUUGCCGUGUCCUCGUGGAUCAAAGUUCGCGCGCGUGUGGCUUCGUGAGAAGAAGGAAAAAAUUGAUUGUGUUAUUUACUACCAUGCGACACAAAUCGGUUCCAGUUCAUUGUUGGACCUUGAUUGGAGCACUACUGCAAGUUGCUCCCGUGGAAUAGUUACUACUUUACCUUUAUCUACUGACCACUGCCUGCUGAUUUGGUCUGUGAUUUUGAGUAGGACUGACAUUCAUCAGGUGCUCUGCUGUUUGCGUGUAUUUCGAUGGUUGGUUGGUGGCUUCUAUUUAAUCGUUGAAAGUAGCACGUAAUUGGUGACAGUAUCAGACAGAAGGUUGCUUAACUAAUCAUUUUGGAUCGUUAGUGCUUGAUUGGAUACUGGCGGUUUCCUAUUCAGCCAGGGCAGUUAGUGAAGUACACCGUAGCUAGUAAAAGUGGAUGCCAUGAACUUUCUUAGGUGACAGCAGUGUAUUAAUCAUCAAUGGUAUCGUUUGGCGAUCGAUGUGUCACAACUAGAUCGACAAAUGAAGAUCCUCUGCACAUGUGGUGAAUUACAUUUACUGUGUAUUGUCAUCAUUAAUCGUCUUCAGCUAUAGCAAGUGUAGCAAGACGGCAGAUCGCUUUACAUUACCACCACCACCACAACCACUACCACUACCACCAUGGAUGAAGAGGGCUAUGACGGCGGAGACUACAAUGCAACAGACUAUAUCAAUCGUACAACACCUAUCUAUUCGAUUAACCCAGAUUUCAUCACACAGUGGAAACUGAAGAAGAAACAAGAAAAGUUUUGCAAGCAACUCUACAAAAGAUUAAAUCUAUUAAAUUUUCCUGAGUGUCAAAACUUACUCGGCAUCCCCGCAUACCAUCGGCUGUAUGAGAAGGCAAGCAGCGGCCCAGUAGCAGGUGUUGGUACCAGCGGAAGACUGGGAGGCAGCGGAGGUGUGUUCGCUGGGUUUGGCGAAAUUGACUUUAAUAAUCUGCAUGGGUAUAAUAAUUGGUUUGUGAGCAAUAACUACAGUUUUCUUGAGUGGAACAAUGGUAGCGGUGGCGGAUCCUGGAAUGGCACCGGGAAUGGCAUCAUGUAUAAUGGAACAUAUCUGGAAACCGGUGGGAAUGGUAUUGGACCUGUGCUACCGCCGUUCGAGCUCUGGCAAACGAUACUGAUUGCGAUAUGUUUGGCAAUUUGCAUAAUACUCACCGUUGGUGGAAAUAUUCUAGUACUACUAGCUUUUAUCGUGGACCGAAGUAUCCGUCAACCGAGCAACUACUUCAUUGCAUCGCUUGCUGCUACUGAUAUGCUAAUAGGAACCGUCUCGAUGCCGUUUUACACCGUAUACGUUCUCAUGGGUUACUGGGAUUUAGGUCCGUUGUUGUGUGAUUUAUGGUUGUCCGUGGAUUACACCGUCUGUUUAGUAUCGCAGUACACCGUGCUAUUGAUUACAAUAGAUCGCUUUUGUUCGGUGAAGAUUGCUGCCAAGUAUCGUAGUUGGCGAACAAAAAACAAGGUUAUCUGGAUGGUGACAAUCACGUGGAUAAUCCCAGCGCUGCUAUUUUUCAUUUCUAUUUUCGGCUGGGAGCACUUUUUAGGUUAUCGAGAUUUGCUUCCGGGAGAAUGUGCGGUACAAUUUUUGAAGGAUCCUAUAUUUAACACAGCACUCAUUAUUGGAUAUUAUUGGACUACAUUGGUGGUUUUAUUCGUUUUGUACGGUGGAAUAUACAAAACGGCUUAUGAUAUGCAGAAAAAGAGUGAGGCCAAACAACGGAAAAUGCAAUCAAUGGUAGCGCUAGGUAACGCAAUGACAGGGCUGGCUGGUCAAGCUGGAGGGAUUGGCAUAUCAAAGACCCAAAGUACACUCUUAAGUCAAGAUAAACCCGCGCCUACUGCGGCUGCUCCGAGCAUAGCCGUUCCACCAGUUCUUUCGUUAGCCGUUAAUCAACUACAGAAGGAUGAAGUUCUUGCUAGUAGAAAGAGUUCAACGGGAAAUACGAAAGAUGAACAGAUUGACGAAAAUAAAAAGGGGAAAGAAGAAAAGGAAGGUGAUAAAAGUGAGCGAUCGAGUAGCCCAGCUUUCGACUCGGAUGAUGAAAGUUCUGCGAAUACAAAGCAGCAACAAGAAGAAGCAAAUAUGGCUAAGAAAAGAACAUCUUUAGCUGGGUUGUUGGUCGGAGCUUCGGCAUCAGUACUUUCAAAUAGAUAUAAUGGAGCGGUUAAAACUACUGCAGGUUAUGCAUCGGAUCCUAGUACGUCAAAAAAGUCUACAAACAUUCAAACAAAAAAUGAAGUAUUAUCCAAAAUAACGGAAACAAGUCUCAUGGAUACGGAAAACGUGGAUACGAAGCCACAAGUUUCACCUCUAAAGCCCACUCCAGUUCAAUCACCUAUAUCCCCUGUCGAUAUUGAACCAGUAGUAGUGAAAAAAUCUGAAAGGGCACCGGAGAUAUCAACUACAAUACUAACACCACCACACGGAUUUCACGGAAGCUCACAUACUUCCGAUAGUUCACCGUCCAAAUCCUGCAGGCCUCAUAGCAUAAUCAGCCAAGGAGAAUCGACAGUGACGUAUGACGCAGUAGUUGGCAUGGAUGGAGCCGAUCUUCGCUUCAUGGACGAGAGUUCAGUAGUCGUUUCUUCUCCGCAGUUCGAAAGUCCGCCGUCGGCAUUUGCUAUAGUUCAGCCCCGUUCCCCAGCCCACAGUGGGGGACAGAAUAUUGCAAAUCCUUCACUGUUACAAAAAGCACUGAUCAGAGCAACAGCACAAUCACAGCAACCACCGCCAACGGUUCUACUUCGAUCGGUUGACAUUGGUCCACUUUCGCCAACUGGUCAACCCACAGCAGCUCAACCGAUUCAAACAGUUAAUAAAUUUAGUACAACAGUCACAGUAGCCUCUCAGAAUCCGGAUAAACCGGUGACUGUGUUGAAUAGCUCCUACAUGAACAAAACCAACAUGGAUAAUCUCGACAUCACGAGCCUUAAUUCGAAAGCACAAUCAAACGAAUCCGCUGUGGUUUCAAGCCCGGUGCCGAAUCCGAAACAUUCAUUCCAGGUAACGAAUACAGAAGCUCCUACAGCGCAGACUACGACAACGACUAGCAGCAGUACGCCUUCGGUGGCCACGUCAGCACCACAACCGAAGGCACCAACAAGCACAAUUACUAUACAGGUCUCAUCAUCUACCAAUAACACCCCCAGUGGAGCAACCAUAACCAUCAAUCCAUGUCUGGAACGGCAAACUUCCAGCAAGCGGGAUUUUAUUCGAUCGAUCGGCAAAAGACUGAAAGGAAACAAAAAAGCCGAUCCUCUCGGAAUCGGUAGACAAAAGUCCAAAUCAGAGAAUCGAGCGCGAAAGGCGUUCCGGACGAUAUCAUUUAUCUUGGGGGCAUUCGUCGCCUGUUGGACUCCAUACCAUGUGUUAGCUUUGGUCGUGGGUUUUUGUUCCGAUCCACCGUGCAUCAAUGAGCACUUGUUCAUGUUUUCCUACUUUCUGUGCUACGCCAACAGCCCAAUGAAUCCGUUUUGCUACGCUCUCGCUAACCAGCAGUUCAAAAAGACAUUUACACGGAUUUUACGGGGGGAUCUGCACAUGACUUAGAGAACAAAAAAAUCUACUCGCAUUCUUGCAAAACAUGCUUAGAAAUAAAAAACAAACAAUAUCAUUUUAAUGUAAUGGUAUAGACAAUAAUAAAGUUAAAACAUAAUGAAUAAAUAGUUUAACCUAACAUUUAGGCCACCAGUUGCUAAACAAAAGUAUAGGAAGUAAUAUGAAAUAUCGUUAAGGGCGUCGUUAGUGUAGAAAUCGUGAAGAAAUUAACUGACUAUUGAUACGUGUAAAUAGUUUUUAGACAAUUGAUAGAACGCUACAUAAUCAAAUAAUUUGCUAAAAGACAGGUCAUUGAAAACCAAAAAAAAAACAACAUAUUUAAAAACAAUUUCAGGAACAUGGAAAAGUGUUCUACGCCUCCAUUUUAUAAGAGAUCAUUUUAAUAUUGCGAGCUAACCAAAGCAGAUUAGCACAAUAAAAAAAUAUAUUUUUAGCCCCAAAAAAAAAACCGCUAAACGUCAUAAUACACAAAUUAAUAGAAAAUUAAACAUCGUUCACUGUUUCGCUGUUUAUGAAAGACAAAGUGUGAUUAGAAUUUUCUAAAAACGGUACCUAUUUCUCUUGCUGACACAACAGAAUCGCCGUGAAGAAAUGUAUUGCAGUAAUUUAAUUGCGAAAAUAAAGCUCUAUUUCGUACAGAACGUUACCAAAAUAGUAUCCCUCUCUAUCUGCUUCAGAAGUGUUAUUAAAUGGUUCCCUUCCGAGUUCAUUCAAAUGAUGCACGAUGUUACUGAUUUAGUUUUCUUUCCUUAUUGAAAGAUCACUUAGAAAAAAGCUGGAUCUGAUCGUCAUCAAAAGGCAUACCCGUGCUUCUGAUGGUUUUUGAUUUCAAAACGUUUGAACUUUUCUGAACAUUUUGAUGAUUAGAAGAGAAACCUCCGUUCAUUUUGUCGCAAAUAAAAUCAAAUUACUGGAUUUUGGAGCAGGGUAUUGUUAUAUAAAACGCUCAGUGCAAUUGUUUCUCCAAAUAAAUGAUAAAGGUAAAAAUCUGACUGGCGUACUGACUUCAUUUUCGAAUUGAGCCCCUUAAAUGAACUUGGUACGACAUUUGUAGUGUUAGCGUGUCUUUGUCAUUACUUCGAGAAACGUGAACUAUAGUUUAAAAUACUGUUUUGAUUAUAUUUAGGGUAUUGAUCAAUUAAAAGCUAGUUAAAGUUGCUUUUUAAUGAAUAGAAGUAUGAUUAGCGUGUGUUAUGUUAACACAAAUCAUUCAUUAUAAUUAGUAAAAUUCUGCAUUGGAAUCGAAUACCGAAUUACAAAUUUCUUUUGGAUUGUUAGAAAUGAUAAUUGUUUUGUUUUAUAAGCGAUUACAUCGUUGGUUUUUUAUGUGACCAAACAGCUCAGCUGUACUUAUACAUCAUAAUUUUCCAUGAACAAACUUUCACUACAAAACAUACCGAUAAAAGAUAAUCAAUUGUUAUAAAUUCCUCGAAACGAAACAAAUCCUACAAUUUGAAUAAGAUCGAAUUAGAAUGUAUUGUUAGAUAUAUACACGUUUGAAGCACAAGAAUAACAUAAAGAGACAAUAUGACAUUAAUUUGGAUAUCGAUGUACACGGAGAACACUAACUCGAAAAAUUUGAGUGAAUCAAAAGACCGCCGAAUAGUAACGGAGUGAACUUCAAUGCUGGUGCGUACGACAAAUAUAAUAUAUGAAAAUAAUUCACAAAGAUGUCAAUUUUGAGAUUUCUCAUCAGUCACCCGUUUCCCAAUUGCUACUCAGUAUUAGAAAAGGAAACAAUUCUUCCGCUUUAGAGUACUAUCAAGUCUGUAAACGUCUGCUGCGAAUUUGUUAACCUCUGCAUGAUAAUUAGUGAUCAUAUACUUUAGUUUUGAUCUCUGAAGGAAAAAAAUCUACCUGAAAAUAUGCAACACCAAAAACCAAAGGUUUGUUUGACUCACGGUAUCCAUAUUAGGUAAUGAAAAAACCAAAAACCUACCAGUUUUAAGAAACCACCUUGCUUAGUAAGAAUAUUUUUAACGAAUAAUUAUUUGUUAAACAUUAUUUUUCCUUCCGGAUUGAUUUAAUAGCGACAUAUUGUACUAUACAUACGUAUAAGUUCGACGAUAGCUCUGACACGAAUAAAAUAUUCGAAUAUCAGUUCUGCGAAGAAAAAAUUCCAUAUGGUAUUAAUAUGCUUCUGAAAAACUAUUUUAAGUAUUAUAAUUGUAUCGAAACAAAGUAACAAACAUGGAAUGAAUGUGCACUAAAAAUAGCUUUGUCGAUAAUAGUACGAGGACGUCAUCAGAUACUACUAGAAAUCGUAAGAAUGGAUCAAAACAAAUAAAAAUAUUUGACUUGAA